AUGAAGAAGUUGAAAGCUGCUCUAUCAGUAUGGAGUAAAGAGACUUUUGGUGAUAUCUUUAAGCAAUUAACUAUCAGGAAGGAUAUUGUUAAGAUCAAAGAGCAAUUAUUUGAAGAGGAUCCCUUUGAAGUCAAUAGAAUGGUGUUGCAACAAGCUCAAGCUGAAUUCAAAAGAUAUUUGCAUUUUGAAGAAGAGUUUUGGAAACAAAAGGCUGGAGUAAAAUGGCAAUCAGAAGGAGAUAGAAAUACAAGGUUUUUUCACAACUUGGAAGCUGUUUCACAGCAUCAAAAUGAGUUAUUAUGUUCUAUGCCAUCUUUGGAGGAAGUGCAUAAAGCUGUGUUUGAGUUAGCAGGUGAUAGUGCAUGUGGUCCUGAUAGUUUAUCAGGAAUUUUCUAUCAGAAAUGUUGGGACAUUGUUGGUGCAGAUGUAUACAAUGUAGUUAAGGCUUUCUUUGAUGGUCAAACUCUUCUAAAAUCUGUCACUCACACUAACUUGGUGUUAAUACCAAAGAAGGAGAUUAUUAACAGUUUUUCUGAGCUCAGGUCUAUCAGUUUAAGUAAUUUUAUCAACAAGAUCAUUACUAGAAUUAUUCAUGACAGAUUGGAAUCUAUUCUACCUAGCUUAAUCUCUCAGAACCAAUCUAGUUUUGUAAAAGGAAGGAACAUUAUAGAGAAUGUGUUCCUUACUCAAGAGGUAGUUGCAAAUAUUAGAAAGAGAGGGAAGCCAACAAAUGUGAUUCUCAAACUAGACAUGGCAAAGGCAUAUGAUAGGGUCUCUUGGAAUUAUUUGAUUCAGGUGAUGAAGAGGAUGGGAUUUUCAGAUGUGUUUGUGGAUAUGAUUUGGAGAAUCCUAGCUAAUAAUUGGGGAGUAAAGAAAGGUGAUCCACUAUCACCUGCUUUAUUCAUCUUAGCUACUAAAGUAUUAUCAAAAGCUUUAAAUAGCUUGUUUGAUAAAGGGAUGUUCAGGGGAUAUGGAUUGCCUAGAUGGAGCUCUAAUAUGAAUCAUUUGUCAUAUAUUAAUGACACUAUAGUUUUUGCUUCUGCUGACAAAUGGUCAUUACAAAGCAUUAUGAAGAUUCUGCAUGAUUAUGAAGCUGUUUUUGGUCAGAAGAUUAAUGUUCAUAAGAGUGCUUUCUACAUGUAUAAGAAAGUAUCUAGUGAACUGGUGCAUGAAGUCCAGCAGAUUACAGGAUUCUCAAGAGGUGAAUUUCCUUUUAUUUACCUUGGAUGUCCAUUGUUUCAUGCAAGAAAAAAGAAGAUAUUCUAUAAAGAUGUGAUGAAAAAAGUUAGAGAUAAAUUGCAAGCAUGGAAAGGAAAGUUACUGUCAUUUGGUGGAAAAGCUGUACUGAUUAAGAGUGUGCUGCAAAGCAUUCUUGUAUAUCCUUUAUCAGCAAUGGUUCCUCCAAAAUGUGUCAUCAAAGAGUUGCAUAAAUUGUUUAAUAGAUUUUUCUGGCAAACAAAGGAAGAUGGUAAAUGUAAGCAUUGGUCUAAAUGGAACAAAUUGUGUUAUCCUAAAGUGGAAGGUGGUUUAGGAUUCAGAUCUUUGAAUGAUAUUUCAAGAGCUCUUUUCUCAAAGCUUUGGUAG